UUGAUCUAUUUAUUUCUCUCUCUCUCUCUACCUUUGGUUGCAGAAGAGACAAUUCCGCUCGUAUUUCACUUACAUGGAUUCGGCAGUAGCAUCACAAGCUUCACACUCGAUGCAGUCUUUGUCGACUAACGAGCCUGUUGUUUCAGUUGAUUGGCUCCAUGCCAAUCUCCAAGAACCAAAUGUGAAGGUGUUGGAUGCAUCGAUGUACAUGCCAGACGAACAUAAAAAUCCACUUCAAGAGUAUCAGGUUGCACAUAUUCCCGGGGCUCAAUUCUUUGAUAUUGAUGGCAUAUCAGAUCGAACCACUGAUUUGCCACAUAUGUUGCCAUCAGAAGAAGCAUUUGCUGUUGCCGUUUCUGCACUUGGCAUUGAGAAUAAAGACAGCAUUGUCGUUUAUGAUGGGAAGGGAAUUUUCAGUGCCGCCCGUGUUUGGUGGAUGUUUAAAGUGUUCGGGCAUGACAGGAUUUGGGUUUUGAAUGGCGGCCUACCUAAAUGGCUUGCCUCAGGCUUUGUUGUCGAAUCAACUAAUGAUGCCUUGAAAGUUAGUUUUGCCAGUGAUGCAGUAGAAAAGGUGUACCAAGGGCAUGUUGGACCGAUUACCUUCCAAACCAAAUUUCAUCCCCAUUUAGUCUGGACAAGGGAGCAGGUUCAGAAAAACAUGGAGGAACGAACUCAUCAGCACGUAGAUGCUCGCUCCAAAGCUAGAUUUGAUGGGAUUGCACCGGAACCACGGAAGGGAAUAAGAAGUGGCCAUAUUGAAGGGAGCAAAUGUCUUCCCUUUCCCCAGAUGUUGGACGCCUCUCAGAAUCUCUUACCCCCAGACGAGCUGAAGAAGAGAUUUGCACACGAAGGAAUCUCAUUGGAGAGCCCCGUUGUACUGUCGUGUGGCACUGGUGUGACCGCAUGUAUUAUGUCACUAGGCCUUCACCGACUAGGGAAGUACGAAGUUCCAGUAUACGACGGGUCGUGGACUGAGUGGGUGGUGAAAAAUUCUGAUUCAUAAAUGAUUAAUGGUAGUGUGGUUUGCUAGUUCAUAAUCAAUUUGAUGUAGAGAUAAAAGAGAGAGUAUUUCAAUUUUCAAUAUUGGUUUGUCCCACAUUGGAAAUCUAUAAGAACACUCGAUGGUUUAAAUAUGAGGCAGGGAGAGGUAUUGCACAAUAAGCCACGAGAUUGAAGUGAAUGGGUUGUGGGUCCACAAUUGGGUGGGCCCGAACUCAGGAAAGUCCCCGGGCCAACAUUCCGUGGAGACACGGGCUCGGUAACGAGGCAAAUCCUUGCAUUGGGUGGUUCCUCCGCUCCGGCGGAAGGGCUGAGACACGUGUGGAGCUCUAGUUGGGCCGCCUUGCAGGACUAAUUUGGCCAAUUUGUACAGUUAUUCACUUGGUCUAAUUGGACCAACUGAACGGGGCUUACAAUCUCGUGGCACAUUUUUUUUUU